GAAAUUUUAUUUAAUUUUUUAUUUAUUUGUUUCUAAAAUUUUAGUUUUUAUUUGUGAAUUUUAGGAAUUAGAUUUUUUUGAAAUUAUGCUAAUUUAAAAUCUUAAGAAGAUGGCUUAUGAACAUCCAGAAGAAAUUUCCUCUAAUCAUUGGUCUAUGUUUCAAACAACAUCUGAAAAUGGUUACGAUUCGGAUAAAAUUGAUUCAGAUAUUGAAGAUAUGCUUUAUUCAUCGAUUCAUCAUCAAACGAUCAAUUCGGAGGAAUUAAGUUUCACUCCGAUAAAACCAAAUGAAUCAUUAAAUAACGAUGACAGAAAUGAAUUAUUAAUACCGAAAAUUCGAAACAUUUUCAACGAAAGAAAAGUUGUCAAGAAAAAGAAAAUUAAAGAGCUAAAAAUUCUUAAACGAAAAAAUCAAGAUGAUGAACAACAAAAUGAUGCUCAGAAACUCACUGUGAAACAAAACAAAAUUUCAUCUGAUCAAUUCGACAUUUCUUAUGGUCAUAAUAUUACAUUAAAUUCUAAUGAUUAUACUGAUUCGAAAAAUGGAUUCUAUCUAGAAGCAAAUUAUGAUAAUGAAAAUAUUGAUGAAGUAAUGAAAAAACUUCCAAAAGAUCGACGAUAUUGGAAAGUAGGUCAACAAGAUCUACAAUCAUCAUUUUUUCAACGACGUGGUCGUCAUCGACCUAAACAAUGUAAUUUAUGUUUUCAAUUCGGCCAUUUAGAUCGAGUUUGCCCUAAUAGGAUAAAAAAAUGCUUUAUCUGUGGCGAUGAAGAUCAUGAACAGAAAUCGUGUGAUAAAAAACUAAUUUGUUGCAAAUGUUUUAUGAUCGGCCAUACAAGUAAUAAUUGUGCGAGCAAAAUACAAUGCAAACUUUGUCACAUCGUUGGUCAUAGUCAAGAAAAUUGUACAUUUCAUUGGCGAAAAUAUUUAACAGUUGUCAACGAAACCGACGAUCAUAAAAAUAUUUCUAUCCAAUCUAAUGAUAUUACCAUCAAUUCUAAAGUGUCUUGUUAUAACUGUGGUAUGAGUGGAUCUCAUUUCGGUCAUGAAUGCAAGUCCUUGACCAUCAAUCGGAAACGAAACGAAAUUCCAUCGCCUAUUUUUAAUCUAAAACGUAACAAAAUGGGUAAAAAACAGCAGCGAAAACAACAGCCAAUUUCUCCUGUUUCUGAAAUCAAACCAUUUUUGUUAAAUGUAACAAAUGGAUCUAAUGGCAAUGUUGAUAGUGAUGAUUCACUGGAAUAUGUUGAAAAUAUGCUAAGGCAAUCGAAUCCAUCAAAAAAUAUAAUAGAUCAAUCGAAUAUUAGGAAAAAGAAACGGAAAUCAUUCAAGAAUGUCAAAAACGGUCAAAUCAAUGCAGCAAAACAAUCUAAGAAUAAUUCCAAAAAUCAACCUUUGAAUCAACAAGUUGUUAAUGGCAAUACAAAGAAAAAUAAGAAAAAAUUGAAUUCCAAAAAAUCAACGAAUAAGAAAAUAAUGAUGGCAAUGUGA